UUCAGCUGGCAAGCUCCUGCUGGUUUUUAGAGAGAAAAUAAAAAUAAUAAUAAUAAUAAUAAUUGAGAGAUUGCUUUCAAUUCAACUAUCAAAAAAGACAUCUUUGUUUCCAUCUCUUAUUUUCUCCCAAUUUCCCUUCAUUAGGGGUUUGCAAUUUUAUACUUAGAUAUGGUAGGAGCAGGAAGUGCAGGAGAUGGUGGUGCACAUGCAGAGCCCCCUGAUCCUGAUAUUCUUGAGAUCGAUCCCACUUCGCGGUACAUAAGGUAUAAUGAAGUGCUCGGGAAAGGUGCCUUCAAGACAGUUUACAAGGCAUUUGAUGAAGCUAAUGGCAUUGAAGUUGCAUGGAGCCAAGUUCGGAUUGAUGAGGUCCUACAGAAGCCAGAAGACUUGGAGAGACUGUAUUCUGAAGUGCGACUCUUGAAAUCGUUGAAACAUAGUAAUAUUGUGCGGUUUUACAAUUCUUGGAUUGAUGAUAAAAAGAAGACAGUCAAUAUUAUAACUGAGUUGUUCACCUCAGGAAGUCUCAGGCAGUAUCGUAAGAAACACAAGAAGGUUGAUAUGAAAGCAGUGAAGAGUUGGGCAAGACAGGUUUUAGCUGGUUUAAUAUACCUGCAUAGUCAUGACCCGCCAAUUAUACAUAGAGAUUUGAAGUGUGAUAACAUAUUCAUCAAUGGCAACCAAGGUGAAGUUAAAAUUGGUGACCUUGGGUUGGCUACUGUUUUGGAGCAAUCUAAUGCUAAAAGUGUUAUAGGAACCCCUGAGUUUAUGGCGCCUGAGCUGUAUGACGAGAGUUACAAUGAGUUGGUUGAUAUUUAUUCCUUUGGAAUGUGCAUGCUGGAGAUGGUGACUUUUGAAUAUCCUUACAGUGAGUGUAGAAACUCAGCUCAGAUCUAUAAAAAGGUUUCAUCUGGAAUAAAGCCUGCUGCCCUUUCUAAGGUUAAGGAUCAAGAGAUGAAACUAUUUAUUGAGAAGUGUUUAGUUCCAGUGCCUCAAAGAUUAUCGGCGAAGGAGCUUUUAAUGGACCCCUUUCUUCAGGCAAAUGCAUCAGCAAAGAAUCAUCCUUUGUCACUCCCUGAUAUUGUUAUGCCCAAAAUGGGAGCUUUUGGAGAUCGCUGCCUCGUGUCAGAAGUACCUGCUUCCACAAAGAAUAGACCAUCCUCUGCGGAUCUUAACAGUGAUAGUGAGCUGCCUGUUAUCAAAUUUCUCGAUAAUUCCACGGGCAUUGAGGUCCGAAGGUCAAACAAAGGCAACAUUUUCUUGUUGAAAGGAGAGGCAAAUGAUGAAAACUCUGUAUCAUUAAUACUUCGAAUAGCUGAUAAGAAUGGACGUGUGAGAAAUAUUCAUUUUCUCUUCUUCCUUGAUAGUGAUACUGCCCUCUCAGUUUCAAGCGAAAUGGUAGAGCAACUGGAAUUAUCUGAUCAAAAUGAUGCGUUCAUAGCAGAAUUGAUUGAUCUGUUAUUACUGAAUCUCAUCCCCACUUGGAAACCUUGUGUCACCAUUGAUCAUCUGGUUCCUCCUAGAAAACAGUCUUCAAGAGAUAAUCUGUGCUCUCUGCAAGACCAUGAUGCCAUCACUUUAGGAGCAUCUGACGAAUCAACAAGGCCAGGUUCUUGUUAUGUGAAAUAUAAUGGAAAAAUGUCUCACGCCAAUAUGAUGGGAGAAAAUUCUGGUUCCGAGAUGUCAUUAGGUUCUGCAAACUCUAAUGAUUUGAACGAUAAACUUAGCUCCAUUCCAUCUAUAAUGUCUGCUGAAUUAGGGCCUGUGGGCAGUGAUGGAUGUGUAACUGGAGCAGAAUUAUCGGUUGAUGCUCAGACUAAGCUUAUGAAUCCAGUAUCUUCGUCUCCUUGUGAUGAAGAUGAAGAUGAGGAGUUAAGAAUGGAGCUGGAAAUGAUUGAGCUGCAGUAUCAGGAGGCAAUGAAAGACAUAUCCAAGAAAAGACAUGAAGCUAUCAUGGACACAAGAAGAAGAUUGUCCCAGAAGAAAAUUCAAUCAGACUAGUUCAUCUCCAUCUCCCAUCACAACAGAAAAUUGGUAAAUGGCCCUGCAAAUGUAUAUAUUCUGAUAUGGGCACAUAGGCUCUUUUUUUUUUUAAACCUUGCAGAGUGGUAGGAACUAGGAAGAGAGUCAUUGUUAAAUUACAUCAUUUUGCUUUUCGUGAAGUGAGAGCUUGAAGUUUGUUCUUCAUUUUGGUUUUAUACCCUGAAAAAGAAAGUAGUAGAUAUUUUUGUUUAUUAUUAUUAUUUUUGAAUAAUUAGGGCAUUACCAAGUUUUUUCUA